AUGCUGCGGCUAGUGCUACCUGCUCUGGGUGCUUUAUUGGCUUCCAAUCUCUACAUUCUUUUAGACGCGCAUCUUUCCACCACCUCAACAAGUAAGGAGCUUCAAACAUCCGUUCACGUUCUCACACAAGAUGAAAAGCCCCUGACUAAUGCUUUGUCAAGCCAGGUUUUACCGUCAGAUACUUUCAAUAUUUCAGACAUCACUCAGCUAUUCGCAAAGAGUCCAAAUUGGGGUGCCAUUGGCUCUGCUUUGGAAUCCGCUGUUAUAGUUACGUUCCAAUGUUUGAAAUACUGGAGCAUCUUUUUUCUAUUGGUAUCAGUACCAAUUAUGCAAGGACUAGCUACAGUUGGUGAAUUAGUGCUGCCACACGUGAUCACCGCUGUCAAAAUGGCAGCUAUUUACGUAGGCAAGAUGGAUCCGCUGUAUCAAGCUCUAGUGGUCGCGUCCAUGCUGUUUGGAGCCAUCUGUAUUCGUCAGGGAUACGUGCACAGGUUAAGAAUGCAGUACGUUCGCACAAGGAGAUUACUAGAACAAAAAUACCGAUCAUUUGUCGCCAGUCUAGGCGCCAAGUGGCGUAUCGUGGCAAUUCUGCUACCACAUAUUAUGUUUUUUGCACUAAGCUACGAAACUUUUGAUUGGUUACCCAUAUUUUUGAUGGACGCGUUAAGCAGCGAAGCGCUCUUCAGAUUGUUGUCGGUGGGAUAUCCACUACUUCACUCGAUUGGAGUCAUACGACGAAAGAGGCUGUACCCAAAAUGUUCCCAGACAAGACCAGGAAAAACAAACGAAUUGAUGAAAAAAUUUGAGAAACUAAGCUUACCAGACUACGAGUGGAGGGCAUAUGAAGCAUGUCUGAAGUAUUGGGUUAUUUGGUCGAUGGCAGUCUGUGGGAUCGGUAUGCUCACACUCUGCCUGCCAGUCUUCAUAAUCUCGUUCUUCGCAGUGCCACUACACUUUUGUAACAUUUUUCUAAUUUGGAUGCACUCUCCGUUCACUCGAGGAAGCAUUGCGAUUUACACGCUGAUCAAUCCACUCAUAAGCCCGUAUUCCAACCGGAUCAAAGAGCGCGAACCAUCCGUUAACGCAGAGGAAGAAGAGAAGACAAAUUUUCUCAUUCGAUUACUAGUGUCUUUCCGUGUUGUGCCUGAGCGACACGUGCACUUGGCAAAGGAUCUGUGGUCACAGGGGCCUGCUCUAUUUGGCCUGAUCUUUAUCUUUACUCCUGGCUUUAUUGCGUCUCGUGGCUGCUACCUUCUGGGUUUUGGCUUCCCAGCCUACGUCACUAUUGGAGUACUUGGUGAGAAGCGAACCCGGCGCUACGAAUGGUGGCUUGCGUACUUUAGCGUUGCCGUGACUGUGGACUACGUCAUAACCGCGAUCGAAAGAGAGAUUGGAUGGCUUCCGUUAUACUACCAUGUGAAGUUAUUGGUGAUGAUGUGGCUCCAAUUCCCAUAUUCUCAAGAAGGUCAAACCUCAGAAAUAAUUAUCCAUCCGCCGCAAACAAGUUCUGGCUUAACGAGAAGCUCAUUAACUGACCCUAUCCCGCAAGACGAGAUGCUGUUAUGCCUUGCCUCUUGUAGUUUCUCCAAGAGGGGGAGAGAAGGAGCAGAACGCGUCCAUUAA